GUGGGACACAGAACAUAUGUGGGAUGAUAAGUCCGUGCCGUGUCAUUCAGUCUAACAGACCAUGCGGCUAGUCAGCGUGUUGGUCCUUCCCCUGGCACUGGCUGCCUACAAUGUGGAGAUCACCACACACUGGUCCGGCGGCUUCCAGGGCAAGUUUUGUGUGGGCAUUACAGCGGAACUGUCAACAUGGCGCGCUCACAUGGUCUUCGACCGAAAAAUAAAUGACUUGCAGGCGUGGAGAGGCGAUGUUUCACCGAAACCAGGAGGUCGAGAGUUCAUCAUCACAAACAAACCCUGGAACGGCGCAGAACAUCCAGGAGAUGACCUCUGCAUGACCUUCCAAGGCACAACUGAAGGUGACAUCACACCACGUGCAACUGUGUUCAUUGAAGGCAUGACAGACAACGGCAAUGCAACAAUACCUCCUCACACAGACAUUGGGACAACAGGAGGGACGCCUACAGGCACCCUGCCGUCCUAUGUGUUGGCGGGUCCUGCACGCUACAACUACACCGAGGUCCUUGGAAUGUCCAUCCUGUUUUACGAUGCCCAGAGAUCAGGGCAUCUACCUAGCAACAACCCGAUACCAUGGCGGGGUGACUCCGCCCUUAACGACACGGGCGAUGAAGGAGAAGAUCUUACUGGGGGGUGGUAUGAUGCUGGUGAUCACGUCAAGUUCAAUUUCCCCAUGGCGUCUUCGUCGACGCUGUUGCUGUGGGGUCUCAACAGAUGGAAGGACGCCUACGAACACGUCGGUCAGCUGGACGCAAUGUACGACAUGAUUAAAUGGCCCCUGGACUACUACCUUAAGUGUUGGCGGCCUGAGAAAGAAUGGUAUUAUGUCCAGGUUGGAGACGGGAAGGCUGACCACUCUUACUGGGGCCGUUGUGAAGACAUGAAAAUGGCACGCCCAGCUCUCAAGGUCACGGCUGCUAAAGGCGGAAGUGACGUAGCAGGGGAAACAGCCGCAUCUUUGGCUGCCGGAUCAAUUGCAUUCGAAACAAAAGACCCGGCCUACUCGGCGAAACUUCUCACUGCGGCCAAGAGCCUGUUCGCUUUCGGCAAAAAAUACCCUUCAAUCUACUCCCAGAGCUUGCCGGAAGUCACAUACUACUAUGCUUCUGGUCACUUCGAGGAUGAGAUGUGUGUGGCUGCGUGCUGGCUGUACAAGGCGACCAAUGACAGCCAGUACCUGGACGACGCCAAGAACUACGUCACUUCAGCAUGGGCAUGGGCUCUGUCGUGGGACAGCAAACUUGUCGCUUGUCAGUUACUGUUGUUCGAAAUUACUGGAGAUUCCAAGUAUUCCACAAUGGUGGACGGGUACAUGAUUGGGUGGACCCCAUCCCGGGGGAUGCAGUUCUCCACGUGUGGCCUGGCCUACAGGGACAAGUGGGGGGCACUCAGAUAUGCUGCCAACACGGCCAUGGUUGCCCUGAUGGCGGCUGAAGAUGGCCUCCAGACGGAGAAGUAUAGGAAGUGGGCUAUCGACCAGAUCAAUUACAUUCUUGGCGACAACAAAUACCACAUGAGCUACGUCAUCGGAUACGGAAACAAGUACCCUGUCAAGCCUCACCAUAGAACCAGUUCCUGCCCAGACAUCCCCAAACCCUGUGGUUGGGAAGCUUUUGACAACCCUGGUCCAAACCCCCACCUGUUGAAGGGUGCACUGGUUGGCGGCCCAGACAAUACCGAUGUGUACCUUGACGACAGGAAGGACUACGUUAAGAACGAGGUUGCAUGCGACUACAACUCCGGCUUCCAGACAGCCUUAGCAGGUCUUAUCCAUCUUCAAAUGAACAAGCAGCUGGCGAAAGCUGAUCCUCCGAAGUGCUGAAUAAAUACAGCAGCUAUGUUAUUUCGGCAUAGUUAAAUGUUGUUUCAACUUCAAUUAUUUCGGAGAAGAUGAUGUCUUGUUUUUGUAUUUAAUUUUUAAUUUGGAACAGUAAAUUAAUCUUAAAUUUUGA